ACUCCAAGAAAAAGAGAAGUUCACCUUAGCUUUGCUUCUUUCCACUGAUACGUUGCACUUUAGCACGCACCAACUAACUCUCUGCCACCAACCCCAUCAAUUCCUUUAUCUCUUCUUGUUGUUUGAACGUUGCAUUGCAUUGCAUUGCAUUGCAUUGCAUUGCUUCCUCUCAUUUACCUAUCCAACGUAAGUAUUGCACCCUUGUGAUUUCCAUGGCCAGUGUACUACUUACCGCCACCAUCUCCACGAUCACCUUCGGAGACCAAUAUUCCAUUUCUCGUUGUGCUUUUCCAUCCCUAUCCACUCUUCAUCUCAGAGCCACACAGAAAGGAAUUCACGUUGAGAUGAACAAAAGGGUAGUGGUGGUAAAGGCAAUGACGACUAAGAGUGAUUUUGAUGACACAGACGUUGAUAUUUCUUUGAGCCACAGAGUUAAUGCUGUGAAGCCUUCCAAAACUGUAGCCAUAAGUGAUCAUGCCACUGCUCUUUUACAAUCUGGAGUUCCCGUUAUUCGCUUAGCUGCUGGAGAACCUGAUUUUGACACACCCGCUGUUAUAGCUGAGGCUGGAAUGAAUGCAAUUCGUGAAGGUUACACAAGAUAUACCCCUAAUGCUGGAACAUUAGAAUUGCGCCAAGCAAUAUGUCACAAGCUAAAAGAGGAGAAUGAAAUUACAUACACUCCUGAUGAGAUUGUGGUCAGUAAUGGAGCUAAGCAGAGUGUUGUUCAAGCAGUGCUUGCAGUUUGUUCCCCAGGAGAUGAGGUUAUUAUUCCAGCUCCAUUCUAUACGAGUUAUCCGGAAAUGGCAAGAUUGGCUGAUGCAACACCUGUGAUUCUUCCAAGCCAUAUAUCUAAUAAUUUUCUUUUAGAUCCCAAACUGCUCGAAGCCAAUCUUACCGAAAGAUCAAGACUACUUAUUCUUUGUUCACCGUGUAACCCAACAGGAUCUGUCUACUCUAAGAAAUUACUUGAAGAGAUAGCCCAAAUUGUUGCAAAGCACCCCAGGCUUCUGGUUCUCUCUGAUGAAAUAUAUGAACACAUAAUUUACGCACCAGCAACUCAUACAAGCUUUGCAUCUUUACCUGGAAUGUGGGACCGAACUCUAACUGUGAAUGGAUUUUCCAAGACAUUUGCAAUGACUGGUUGGCGGCUUGGGUACAUUGCUGGUACAAAACAUUUUGUUGCAGCAUGCGGAAAGAUUCAAAGUCAGUUCACUUCAGGUGCAAGUAGUAUAUCUCAGAAAGCUGGAGUUGCUGCAUUAGGACUAGGCUAUGCUGGUGGGGAAGCUGUUUCAACCAUGGUGAAAGCCUUCAGGGAAAGAAGGGAUUUCUUGGUUGAAAGCUUUAGAGAAAUGGAUGGUGUGAAAAUAUCUGAACCACAGGGAGCAUUUUAUCUAUUCAUUGAUUUCAGCUCCUAUUAUGGAAGAGAAGUUGAAGGGUUCGGUAUAAUUGAGAAUUCUGACUCCCUCUGUCGAUACCUGCUGGACAAGGGCCUGGUUGCCUUGGUGCCGGGGAGUGCAUUUGGAGAUGAUUCUUGCAUCCGCAUCUCUUAUGCCGAAUCCCUUACCAAUUUAAAGACAGCCGUGGAGAGGAUUAAGAAAGCACUUAUCCCUCUAAUUAGCUCUGCUGCACUUGUUUAACUAAUACUAAUUAAUUGCUCUCUUCUACUUAUUGUGUUUUAUUUUUUAUUUGCAAUUUAUUAGUGUUUAUAUAUCACGAAAAUGAGUAAUGAUGAAUCCCUUACUAUAUCCUCCUAUAAAUCCUUUUAAUACUAAAUUAUACAGUAAGUGUUACAUGAAAAGUGAAAACAUUAGUAAUUGAUACAUUGAAAAAUACUAUUAAAUACGUUUUUUUUUA